GGGGUUAGUUCAAGACGAGUUGCACGAGGACACUGUGGGACUUUACACUGAGGACAAACUUACAUAUUUAUAUUUUAUAACUCAGAUUUUGGAUAAUCUCAAACCUGAUCACUGGAAUAAUGAAGUCUCCAAAGCUGAAGCCUCAAGCCAAGUUGCUGCAAGAGGAUCUGACGGACGUGCUGUGUGAGUUUGACGCGGUGAUGGAGGACUUCACGUCGCCGGUGGAGAAACGUCACUUUCGGUACGAUGAACACCUGAAGACGAUGAAGAGGAGGAGCAGCGCGAGCGUGAGCGACAGCGGCAUCAGCGACUCAGAGAGUGAGUGUCAGGAAACCGUUAAAUAGUGUGUAUUAGUCAGCAA